CAUUUCUUCACAGUUCACUUAGUCGUCGCAUAUCAAACAAAGUAGAUACAUUUAUAAAUAAAAUCAUUUCUGCUUAUAAAUAUAACCAGUCACAAAUUUUCUUACAUAAGUAUUCUCACAUAUACUUGUAAGUAUAAUAUAACAAAGUCUCAGAGACAAUGGAGGAAUCAAACCGUACUGUCUUGUUCGACAAGUACGAGAUCGGAAGACUACUCGGCACCGGUAACUUCGCCAAAGUCUAUCACGGAACAGAGAUCUCCACCGGCGAUGACGUGGCGAUCAAGGUCAUCAAAAAAGACCGCGCAUUCAAACGUCGUGGCAUGAUGGAGCAAAUCGAACGUGAGAUCUCCGUCAUGCGUCUCCUCCGUCAUCCCAACGUUGUCGAGCUCCGUGAAGUGAUGGCUACAAAGAAGAAGAUCUUCUUCGUUAUGGAGUACGUCAACGGAGGUGAGCUUUUCGAGAUGAUCGAUAGAGACGGGAAACUCCCGGAGGAUCUAGCCAGAAAGUAUUUCCAACAACUGAUAUCCGCGGUGGAUUUUUGCCACAGCCGCGGUGUUUUCCACCGCGAUAUCAAGCCGGAGAAUCUGUUGCUUGACGGAGAAGGCGAUCUCAAGGUUUCGGAUUUCGGACUUUCGGCUUUGAUGAUGCCGGAAGGGCUAGGUGGAAGACGUAGCAGCAGCGACGACCUUUUACAUACGCGGUGCGGGACGCCGGCUUAUGUUGCGCCGGAGGUUUUACGGAAUAAAGGAUACGACGGAGCUAUGGCGGAUAUUUGGUCGUGCGGGAUUGUUUUGUAUGCACUCCUUGCUGGCUUCUUGCCGUUUAUCGACGAAAACGUCAUGACAUUGUACACGAAGAUCUUCAAGGCUGAAUGCGAGUUCCCACCGUGGUUUUCCUCAGAAUCUAAGGAACUAAUCUCAAGAUUGCUUGUACCGGAUCCUGAACAACGCAUUUCAAUGUCGGAGAUCAAAAUGAUUCCAUGGUUCCGAAAGAAUUUUACACCACCGGUAGCCUUUUCAAUCGACGAAACAAUCCCGUCUCCACCGGAGCCACCAGCAAAGAAAAAGAAGAAAGACAAGUACGAAGAGGAGGAAGACGACGGAGUUUCUCCAAGAUCUUUCAACGCUUUCCAAUUCAUCACUUCAAUGUCUUCAGGUUUCGACCUCUCCAACCUAUUCGAGAUAAAAAGGAAGCCAAAGCGGAUGUUCACAUCCAAGUACCCCGCGAUAUCCGUGAAGGAGAGGCUGGAGAAGGCGGCUCGUGAGAUGAACAUGAGGGUGAAACAUGUCAAAGACUGCAAGAUGAAGCUACAAAGGAGAACAGAAGGCCGUAAAGGGAGGCUCUCCGUGACGGCGGAAGUUUUCGAAGUUGCUCCUGAAGUCUCUGUCGUCGAGUUCUGCAAAUCCUCCGGGGACACUUUGGAGUACUACCUCUUCUGUGAGGAUGACGUUAGGCCAGCUCUUAAAGACAUUGUCUGGUCUUGGCAAGGUGAUGAUGAUGAAGAUGAGGUUACCACUAAUGAUAACUGAAUAAUUAAAUAAUUCUUCAUGAGCUGUAAUAUUUUGAUUUUUGGCAUGGGAUGUGCGAGAGCGAGACUGUCUUAUUGUGAAA